AUGCUUGUUAUACUUGAUAUACAAGAAUUUGAGAUACCAGAUUUUUUUCGCUUUGCUAGAGAAACGUCAAAAGCAAUGGGAGAUAGAUUCGAAUGGUUUUGCGUUAAGUUGUUGAGAAGAUACUUUGAAAGAUUAGGUAUUAGAGUUAUACACACUGGAGGAACAGAUGAUAAAGAAAAGAUUUCGGAUGAGGCUUAUAUCUCAGCUGAAAAAUCAGAGCAUGAUAUUAUUGUCACAACUUAUAGAAAUAUGUGCCAAAAUAUCAAGAACUUAAUCGCUGGUCGAUUAAGUCGAAAACUUCGUGACUUAGAAGAUAGACGUAGAUUCUUAGAAGAUAGAUGUAGAUUCUUAGAAGAUAGAUACGCCUCAAAGAGGCACCGAACCCUUAAUGGCUAUGUUGGUGGGGUUUACAUGUGA